AUGCCGCACGUGGAAUUCUGUGACAAUUCCAUCGAACCAGUUGAUCAUCUUGAGAGCUACAAGGCUCUCAUGACAAUCCAAGGGGCAAUAGACGCCCUUCUAUGCAUCGGAUUUUCGGUCACACUUCAGAAAGUUGCUCGAGUUUGGUACUCCGGACUUCGAUCGGGAAGCAUCCACUCUUUCAGACAACUGGAACAUUUCUUUAUAGCCCACUUCAGCACUAAUCGGAUGUUGCUGCGAAUCUCGGAUUGUCUCUUCUCGAUCAAACAAGGAGAGAUCGAAAUAUUUCGAGAUUUUGUGGUCCAAUUCAAUGCGGCCAUGCUCGAGGUCAAGGACCUCAAUGAAGACAUAGCCAUAUCGGUCAUGAAAAGAGGUUUAAGGAGAUCUCGAUUCACGUAUUCACUGGAUAAAACUUCCUCAGAUAUAUGCUGA